UUCGCAACUCGACCCUACUUCCUAUCUGCACUACUCGAUCAACUGCAUUCACGAUUCUCGACCCUUUGAAGUUAACCCACCAGUUUUUCCUUCCUCCGUAUUGGAACUUCACGCAGCGACGCGUUACCGAUCAGAAUGGCUAAUCCGCGAGUCCUGGCCGUCCUUGGGCUCAUCUUCAUCGCGCUCUGCAUUGCUGGAACAAACGCACAAGCGAAGCCGAAGGCGAAGCCCACUAAGGCACAACUAAAAGCGGAGCUACAGAAAAUGGCAGCAACCAUCACGAAGCGUUACCCGCAAUAUGCGAAAUACGCGAAGGACAUGAACAGGUACAUCGGCCUCGCGUUGAACUCCAAAUACGACUUCUCUGCCCUAGCAGACGCCACGAUCCUCCUCCCCAGCAACACCGAGGCAGAAGCCCUCGCUAAGAAGAUCCCCGCUAAGAGCAGCAACAUUCCCGUCAUCUACAACAUCACCGCGUACCACAUCAUCCGCAAGAAGCUCACUGUCCCUCCGCUCAAGGCCCUCAAGAAGUCGCAGCCGCUGGGCACUCAAUUAAGGCAGGCCCUUUACAAGGUUACGCCUCAGAACGGCAAUACAGUGUCGUUCGCUAAGGGCCCAUAUGCGCCCCCUGCCACGUGGACGACGAUCAAGAUCGCGAGGCUGUAUGCCGGGCCGUACUUCAUUGCCCAUGGCGUGGAUAAGGUCCUCAUUCCAAAUUACACUAAGAUGCCCAAGAAGUAGGCUACAGUACCUAAUAUCUACCUACUGUGGGUAGUAUGGUAAGUUCGAAAUAUUACCAUAGAGCCAAAGGAGGUAGAGAAGGUGAUCCGCAGUUGACCGUCAGUCAUGCUUCCUGUACCAUCUCGGUAUAGAUGGGACUGGCAGUCAACUGGACAGGAUCCACUGUGUUAAAUCACUUUCCCACAUAUUGUACCCUUUCCUAUAUUAAAAGCCAUAUUGUACCCUUUCCUAUAUUAAAAUCCGAAGCAUUCU